AAAACAGAGUCUCCCCGACCAUCAAGGCCCCUGUAUUAGUGAGAGAUCAGAAGCCCCGAGAGUGUGAGAUGGCCGGCGGCACCGGCGAAGCAGAAUCACGGCCGUCCAUGGCCUCUCCCAUGGCCUUCCUCAGGUCCACCUGCUCCUGUUUUGAGCUGGUAGUGAGAGGCGUCUGGGGCUGUUUGGUUUAUCAUCUUGGCUUUGGUGAAGAUUGUACUGAUGGUCGCUCAAAGAAAGGCGAACAUGAACAAGAAGAAGAUGGAACCACAACUAGAAAGAGAGAAGUACAUGAAGAUCAAGAAGGAGAUGAAACCAAAACCAGGAAGAAAGAAGAAGUUGGCCAAACCGAAACCAGAAACAGUGAAGAACCUGAAGAAGAAGAUGAAACCAAAACCAGAGCAAAUGGUGGGUCGACGGAGAAUUUUGGUGUGAUGCUCACAAGAGGACCCAAACGGCCAGGGAUAGAUGUGGGAGGCGGUGGGCAAGUGAACUAGCUGCUGGCAGUAUUCAUUGUACAACUUUGCUUCUUUCUUUCGUUUCUUAAUCUGCUUUUUAGUUAGAAAGACUGUGUGAAGAAGAGAUGGUGUUUUGUGUACAUGAAUAAGAAUGCAAAGUUUGGGGUUUUUGAUCUUUC